GGCUUGCAGAGGAGGAGGGGACAAGACAGGAGCCCAGCCAGGAUGGAUCUGCAGCCCAGCCUGCACAGCUGAGAGGGUCCUUAGUGGCUGAGGAGGCGCCUACGGAUCCCGCUGGCUGGGCAUCUCACGACGUAGUUCAAGCUGGCCUUGAACUCUUAAGUGACCCUCCCGACGUAGUUCAGGCUGGCCUUGAACUCUUAAGUGACCUCCUGCCGCAGCCUUCCAAAGUGCUGGAAUCACAGAUGAGCACAGAAGAUGGACAGAGGCAGUGGAAGAGAGGCCGCUCUGUCCAGGAUGGAGCAGGGCUACGAGAACCCGGGUCUGGAGCUCUGGGAGGAAGGGGCAAACCCCGAGGGAGCCAAGAAGCCGGCGGCACCAAGACCUCAGCCGAGGAGGAAUGUACAGCCUUUUGUUAAGGCAAGAAGCUUCUGUGCAAGACAUGCCAGGCUGUUCCGGAAGAUCCUGUUGGGCCUCUUGUGUUUGGCCUAUGCUGCCUACUUCCUGGCAGCCUGCAUCUUGGAUUUCCAGAGAGCACUGGCUUUGUUCAUCAUCACCUGCCUGGUGAUCUUAGUCCUGGCUCUCCACUUCCUGAAAAAGUUCUUUGGUGGAAAACUAAGCAGCUGUCUAGAGCCCUUGAAAAACUCUCGCCUGCGAUUUUGGAUGAAGUGGGCGAUCGCAGGUGCCGCUCUGGUCGGCCUCAUCCUGUGGCUGGCUCUGGACACAGCCCAGAGGCCGGAGCAGCUCAUCUCCUUUGCGGGGAUCUGCAUGUUUCUCCUCAUCCUCUUUGCUGGCUCCAAAUACCACAGUGCAGUGCCUUGGAAGACAGUGUUUUGGGGCCUGGGACUCCAGUUUGUCUUUGGGAUCUUGGUCAUCAGAACCGAUCCUGGAUUCAUUGCUUUUCAGUGGCUGGGAGACCAGGUUCAGAUUUUCCUGGACUACACUGUGGCCGGCUCCAGUUUUGUCUUCGGAGAUGAACUGGUCAAAGAUGUCUUUGCUUUUCAGUCCUUAACAAUCGUCAUUUUCUUCGCGAGUGUGAUGUCCAUUUUAUACUACCUGGGGCUCGUGCAGUGGGUAGUUCAGAAGAUCGCCUGGUUCUUGCAGAUCACCAUGGGCACCACGGCCACAGAGACCCUGGCUGUGGCAGGGAACAUCUUUGUGGGCAUGACAGAGGCACCUCUGCUCAUCCGCCCCUACCUUCCAGACAUGACCCUGUCUGAAAUACAUGCCGUGAUGACUGGAGGGUUUGCCACCAUUGCAGGCUCUGUGCUUGGAGCCUUCAUAUCCUUUGGGAUUGAUGCACCAUCCUUGAUCUCGGCCACUGUGAUGGCUGCCCCUUGUGCUCUGGCCUUGUCCAAGCUGGUGUAUCCAGAAGUGGAGGAGUCCAAGUUCAAGAGCAAGGAGGGGUUAAAACUGCCACGUGGGACAGAGAGGAACAUUCUGGAAGCUGCCAGCAGUGGAGCCAUAGAUGCCAUUGGUCUUGUUGCUAACAUAGCAGCCAACCUGAUUGCCUUUCUGGCCAUUUUAGCCUUCGUCAAUGCUGUUCUCUCCUGGAUGGGGGAAAUGGUGAACAUACAUGGGCUUACUUUCCAGGUCAUCUGCUCCUACGUGCUAAGGCCCAUGGUCUUCAUGAUGGGUGUCGACUGGGCAGACUGUGGGAUCGUGGCUGAGAUUGUGGGAGUCAAGUUCUUCACCAAUGAGUUUGUGGCCUAUCAGCAGCUGUCUCAGUACAAAAACAAACGCCUCUCUGGAGUGGAAGAGUGGCUGGAAGGCGAGAAGCAGUGGGUUUCUGUGAAAGCUGAAAUCAUUGCAACAUUUUCGCUCUGUGGAUUUGCUAAUCUCAGUUCCAUAGGAAUCACGCUGGGAGGCCUGACAUCAAUGGUACCCCACCGGAAGAAUGACUUGUCCAAGGUUGUGAUCAGGGCCCUCCUCACAGGGGCCUGUGUGUCCUUCAUCAGUGCCUGUAUGGCGGGGAUCCUCUACGUGCCCAGGGGAGCCGAAGCCGACUGUGUCUCCUUCCUGAACAUGAGUUUCUCCAACAGAACCUAUGAGACCUUGGUGUGCUGCCGAGAGCUUUUCCAGAGUACUUCUGCAAAUGGUACCAGUCCACCUUCUUUCUCUGGUCCUUGGGAAAACCAGGAGUUCAGUGCAGUGGCGCUUGCUAACUGCUGUGAAUUCUACACCAACGCUGUCUGCACCUGAGCCGGUCAGUUCUGCUGUGUGGCUAGAGGCAUGUAUGCACUCAGGGUUCCUGUUAGAGACCACUACGAAGCGGCUCUGAGCAGGAUUUAAAUUUUACUAAUUGGCUGUCUAUGUUUAUCUGUGAGUCUGUCCUAGGCCUCGGCCCCUUGCCUGGCGACAGGAGCUGAUUUAUAGUAAGUGAACCUCUAUGAAUCAUUGGUCUGGCUGAGGCCUGUAGUGGCCUGUGAGGCCAGAGAUACCUCAAAGGGCAAGAGAAGGCCACAGCUGGUGGGCACUCUGGCUCCAAUCCCAAUUAACAAGGUAGAGACUACAGCUACAAAGAUUACUCCUACAGUCUCACUUCUACCAUGUCUUCAUGAUAAGACAGUGCUACUGAAUUGACUUGAUUCAUGACUUAAAGACGUCCUUGAAGAUGACUCCCAAGGUCCUGCUCAUUGCCUGCACUUUCCUCAGGAUCUCUGCCCUUUUGUCUUUGGUCCUAAUAUAAGUGGACUGAUCCAGAGAAUCCUUUGUCUUUACCCUUGAAGUCUCGAGCUUAAUUAAGGGGUUUUGACCCUCCUGGAGCCCUAAAAAUCAUAAAUUUGUCUCUUUUUAUUUAACCUCCGCUGUACACUCAUUUGGGAAAUCGGGGGUCUAGGACAGAACCUGAUAGGUUCCCAUUCCGAUAAUGAAUGCAUUAGGAUCUAUGGUAGUAAAAGAUUCAUUUUGGUUCACUGUCUCCCCAAAAUGAAAAUUAGCAUUUGUCUUUUGGUUAUCUGGGUGAACCAAAUAGGAAAUUCCGCAUGGGUCCUCCUGAGCUUCUAUUUGAAAAAAGAAAACGUUACUCUAUCAAAAAAAAAAAAAAAAAAAAAAUCUUGCUCCUAGUUGUGAGCUUGAAUCUCCUAGUUGCCAAUUUAAAAAUAUAUGUUGUCAUGUGCUAUAAAAGAGAUUUAGAACGUGUUGUGUCUAGAGACAGAGGUGGAAGGAGCUAUAUUUCUUGGAGUUUUGUCGAUGAGCUGGGCUUAUAUUACUGAAGUUAGCUAUAAAAGAUAUAUGAAUAUUUAAUGGUAAAAAUUUCCUGGUUGUCAUGUAUUUGUAAAUCUUCAAACUUCUUGUCACCAAACACAGUAAACAAAAAGUUCUUCCUGUACACAAA